UUCAUUAAAACCGAGACGCUCUAGGGUGUCUCGGUCAGUUUUGCCAAAUACUGUUGAUUUCCAAAGGUCCUCGCUUUUUGGAGAAAAACAAAAGCUAUGGAGGGAACUGAAACGGACGCCGUGUCUAUGCAGGCAUACAUCGAAUCUUUAGAUACAAAAACCCUCCCUCGCAUUUUGCAAGUUUGCUCCGGAGUUUAUUUUCAAGGGUCAGUGUAUGAGGUGUCUGGGAGUGAAGUGUGCCUGUCCACUGGGGACAUGGUAAAGAUCAUUGGCACCAAUCUUUUGUCUGCCAAUACAGAGGAUAUCAGCACUAAGGAGACAUCCGAGUUGCCCCUUAAUUACAAAGGCAUGUUCAAGAUGGUUCUGGAGGACAUGCCCUACUUCUCGGUGGAGGAGAUGGUGGAGUUGCUUCCAGUAGACCUGAAAUCCUUCCAUCCCAUCAGCUUCAUCAGUUGUCACUGUCUGGAGGUGAAAGGCCGCGUAGUGGAGGCCGGCCAGGUGCUGACGCUCAUGGGGCCCAGGACAUUGGUGGAUGAAAUGCCAAGUGUUCGCUGCCAGAUUGAAGGCCACCGGGGGCCCUCAUCUGAAAUCUUCAUCCCGCUCUCCUGCCGUGGGAAAUUCUAUGAGCAUGACAGUGGGCACACCUACAACCUGGAGCAGAUCCUGAGCUCACCCCGCCUCUGUACCCGGUAUUUCCGCGACAUCAAGACCACAAAGUGUGGGGGUCCCUUGAAAAUUACCCCCAUAUACCAAGUUCAGGCCAUCAUGAGCAUGAGAAAGGACGUAGUCACCUUUCCCUCCAGUCUGGAGGUGGACGUUGUGGAUGUGACGGAGAAGUCUCAGAGUGUCAAGUUUGUGACCCCGCUGUCAUUGGCGGAAGUCAUGGCCAAGCCCCCAGAGAGAUUCCCUGCCAUGGCUGAGGUUGUGGAGGGUCCCAGCGUACCAUCGCUUUUCAAGAGCCCAUGGGUGGAGAACCUGCAGAAGGGCCAGCGGCUGCUGCUGCACAGCUGCUGUGACUCGCCCAUGGUGCUUGCCUCCACCCUGAAGAGCAAGAAGGCCCAGCAGCACUUCCUGGUCGCGCAGAACUACGGCGGUCGCCUGCGCCGGCGGCCCCGCGAGUUCGCCGCCGUCUACGAGCUAUGCGGCGCCCUGCAGCAGGCGCCGAACUUGAGUGUAACCGCGUCACGGCACUGCGAGGCACUGGAGGAGGGAUUGGACUCCCUGAGUGCCGGUGACCAGCUUGAUAUCCUUCGGAACCAGAUGGUGGAGGUGCAAGGGAAUGAAGGCGAGUUGCAGAAGGUAGAGGUGCUGGUCUGCCGACGCCUGUCUGAGGCGGAUGAGGAUGACGACGAGGAGGAUGAGGAUGAUGGUGAGGAUGAGAGUGAACAUGAGCUCCUUCUACCCAUGUACCUCGAAGGCCACUUUGUCGAGAGGAUUAAGGACAAGAAGAAGUACAGCCUGGCCAACCUGCUCAAGCAAUUUCCACUCCCACUGGACGUUAAAGUGGCGACAAAGGAUGUGGCAGUCCGCUGCGACCCCCUGUCAGACCACCCGGGCUUGCAACUGAAGGAGACAGUCAUAGAGCCUGUGGUUCUGGCCAGUCUCGCCAGCAAGCCGGGUGAGUGCUUCCAGCUGCCCAGUCGUUGGCUCAGCAUGGCAUUGUACCUCACCGGGGACCCCCUGCCCUGGCGUGAGGGCCAGGCCCCCAAGAUGCAGUGCGAGACAGUGAUGGAGCUGACAGAGGCCUUCUACCACGAGUUUCUCACACAGGCGGGAAGCGCUGACGUGCUGCCCCCUCCACUGCCCCCCAAGCGGAUAACAGAGAGCAAGACAAGUCACCAGAGGAGCGAGUCACUCUCCACCCAGCUCGAUCAGCUCACCUUAAGCAAUGAGAAAAAGCCUAAGAAGUCACUUCCGCCACCCCCAGUGAUUUUAGAAGACCCCCCUCCAGUGUUGGAAAGGAAGCCCAUCUCACCGGCCAGCACCCAGCCCAACAUGUAUGUGCAGACCCCGAAGAAGCCUUUGAAACAGAGCAAGAGAGGAAGCGACUCCGACCACGACUAUGAAUCACCGAAUGAGUUCUUGAAGAACGCUGCAGAGAGUGUCAUGUUCUACUGAGCCCAAGGUCCCUCGCACUGGUGACCUUUGGAGAUUGGAAGAACACGUCAAGCCGUCCAUGAUCUGCCAUCAAGGUGUAGCAGUUAAUUUUCCAGUCUGUAUUUUUUUUUUUUAAGUAUGGCAACAGGUCAGAAACCACAUUGGGCUGUCUGUCAACAGCAACACAGUAAACUUACCCACGGACUGUCA